AGUUCAUAUUUCGUCCAUACCAGUCGUUGAAAUUACACCCGAUUCGAAAAGUGAUAAUUGCCUUAAUAAUUAGUUUUAUUAUUAUAUUUAAGUAAAAUAAAAAUUUGUUAAUAUUUCUAAUUACACAUUAUAUGAAGCAACAUUUUUAAUGGCUAUAACAAGAGGAUUUAAAUCUCGUUUAUGCUUCAUUAACAAUUGAUUGUGAAUACGAUUUGGAAGUGUGUCAUAAAAUAGUGUUGACAUUUAUUCCCCUUUGGACAAGUCCCGUUUUUUAGUCAUUAUUUUUCUUUUUUUCUUUUUCUUUUGUUUUUCGAACGAAAAGUUUUUUUUUUUAAUUGUUUUACUUUAUUAACUUGUGAAAUUAAAAGUAUAUUAAUUAUACAGUAAAUUAAAUAUUUUAGACAGUAAUUCCCAAAAAGAGAAAGUUUAUUAUAAUCGGAUUACGUUAAUUAUAUUCCUGUAUCACUAUAUCGUCGAUAUAACUAGUGAUAACCUCAAGACACUUCGACGAAGAAAGUCGAAUUUUCUAUCAUAGAAACUGCCUUUGGUUAAACGACUAUAGAUUUUUAUGAAUUUUAAUGUUAUAUUUGAUAUUAUACUAAUAAAUAUUGAGAAAUGAUGUCAGAUCGAGAUUAUGCACCAUUAAGUGCAGCAUGCGUUCGUUCAUUAAAUGACAAAAUUUAUGAGAAACGAAAAGCAGCUGCUGUGGAAAUAGAAAAAAUGGUCAAGGAAUUUGCUACACACAAUAAUACCGUUCAAAUUAAAAGAUUAUUAAAAGUACUUGGUCAAGAUUUUGCAACUUCACAAAAUCCGCAUACAAGAAAAGGGGGUUUAAUUGGUCUAGCAGCUAUAGCUGUUGGUUUAGGAAAAGAUACUGGGCAAUAUAUUGAAGAUUUAAUACAUCCAAUAAUAGCAUGUUUUUCUGAUUCUGAUUUAAGAGUUAGGUAUUAUGCUUGCGAGAGCCUUUAUAAUGUAGUAAAAGUAGCUAGGGGUGCGGUAUUACCACAGUUCACAGAUAUUUUUGCAGCUUUAAGUAAAUUAGCAUGUGAUUCGGAACAAAAUAUAAAAUCCGCUACAGAAUUACUUGAUAGACUUAUGAAGGAUAUUGUGACAGAAAGUGGUCUGUUUGAUUUAGUUGGUUUUAUGCCACAGUUAAGAGAACGUAUUUAUACUAAAAAUACAUUUGGUAGACAAUUUGUUAUAGCAUGGGUAUCUGUCUUAGAUGCUGUACCCAAUAUGGAUUUUAUUACAUUCUUACCAGAAAUACUUGAUGGAUUAUUUAGAAUUUUAGAAGAUCCAACACCAGAGAUUAAAAAGACAACAGAUAUAGUUCUUGGUGAAUUUUUGCGUAAUAUAAAAUCGAAUCCAGCAAGAGUAGACUUCUCAGGAAUGAUUAAUAUUUUAAUUACUCAUGCUCAAAGUACUGAUGAACUAUUGCAGUUAACAGCAAUAACUUGGAUUAAAGAAUUCGUACAGCUUUCUGGUCCGGUUAUGUUACCAUAUAUGUCUGGAAUACUUGUGGCAGUGUUACCAUGUUUAGCAUACGAUGGAGAUACAAGAAAAAAUAUUAAAGAAACUGCAACUCAAGUUAAUACAAAUUUAAUGAAAUUAAUAAUGAUGGAAAAUUCAGAUGUUUCAAAUAAAGUUUUAAUAAAUGAAAGUAAUAUUAAUUCUGCUAAAAAGUCAAAAGAUGGUAAUCAAAAUUGUUCUUUGGCUGAAAGUUUAGAUCUGUCUAGUUUGGUAGAAGUGCUCAUCAAACAUUUAAUGUAUAUGUCUGUUCAAACUAAAGUUGCUGUUUUAAAAUGGCUUCAUCAUUUAUUUACAAAUAUUCCACAUAAAAUGUUUGAUCACAUAGAAGUAUUAUUCCCAAUUUUAAUGAGGUCUUUAAGUGAUAAUUCAGAUGAUGUAGUACAACAAACUUUAGUUGUAAUGGCUGAAAUAAUUAGUUCAAAAUCUUCAGAAGCAAUUACAGUUGAUUAUCAUAAUGAAGUGCAAAAUAAAUAUUUUACAAAGUUUAUUGUAAAUUUAUUAAGACUAUUUUCAACUGAUAGAAAUUUAUUAGAAGAAAGAGGUGCUUUCAUCAUAAGAGAAUUGUGUGUAUUACUUAGUGCUGAAGAUAUAUAUAAAACAUUAGCAAAAAUAUUAUUAUAUGAAGAGAAUUUAAGUUUUGCAUGUACUAUGAUACAAACUUUAAAUAUCAUUUUGCUAACAAGUUCUGAAUUAUUUGAUUUAAGAAAUAAAUUAAAAGACUUGGAUUCUUCGGAAAGUUGCGAUUUAUUCCAAUGUCUUUAUGAAUCUUGGUGUCAUAAUCCAGUUGCAACUGUAGCCUUAUGUCUUCUAUCACAACUUUAUCCCCAUGCACUUAACAUUAUCAAAUCAUUUGAAAAUAUCGAAGUUACUGUUGAAUUUUUGACAGAAAUAGAUAAAUUAGUACAGCUUAUUGAAUCGCCUAUAUUUACAUAUUUGCGUUUGCAGCUAUUAAAUAGAGAGGAUAAUAUUGACUUAAUUUAUGUACUGUAUGGUUUGUUAAUGAUACUUCCUCAAAGUGAAGCAUAUGCAACUUUACAGCGACGACUAUCUGCAAUUCCUCCAGCAACAAAACCAUCGAGUCUUAAGAACAAUAAAGUAUCCAAUAAACAAAAAUUAAACUUCAUUGAGUUACUAUAUCAUUUUCAUGCUGUCCAAGACAAACACAAAGAACAUAAACAUAAACAAAGAUUAACUUCACUAGUUGAAAGGAAUACAAAUCAAGUUGAUGUAUAAUAUUAUAACUAGUAUGAUAGAAUGUAGAAUACAUUUAAUUGUUAAUUUUUAAUGUGUAUAUAAAUCUGUUAAUUUUUUUAUUGAAC